CUUACUAUAUUAUUUUUAUCGUAUUGCUUUCUUAAUAAUGAAUUAUUUUCAUGUAAGUAUAAUGAAUCAAUAAUUUGGAACGAAUUAUAUAUAAAAGUGAAUAUAGAACCAUGAUAUUUUUUAAAUCGCUUCUUCUUCAAAACUAAUCUCGUACAAGUACAACUGAUUACAAUUUCUAUGGAAUCAGGCGCCAAAUAUACUCGAUCGGUGCGCAUUCUAGAUUAACUGUAGCGGAAAAGGUUCAAUAAAUUCAAUACCUUCACGUUAGUCGAUGCUUAUUAUAGAAAUGUCCCGUAUUCAGUAAUCGCAGGGAACCGGUAUAAAGUAAUACCGUUACACAAAUGCGUAAUAAAUGUCAUGGCGGGAAAAAUAUACUUUUACGUCUUUUUUUAAUAUCGCUUCUUGUCAAUGGAAUGUCAAAUGUUAAUCGAACGCGAUUUAAAUAGUCAUAAAUCCGACUGACACUUUGCCUUGGUAUUCUGAAAAUGAUUUAUGAUUUUAUUUUACAAUGAACAAAAUUUUCAAAACCAACGGAAAUCGUAACGCAAUCCAACGAUGAUUUUUAUUUCAUUUUAUUAGUUUAUCAUUAAAACUUGCUUUUGAGAGUUGUCACCAACUAAAAAGAAAGUAGUACAUAACCUAUUAAACAAAAUAGAAACUCAACAUCUUUUCAACCACAUGUCUCUCUCAAAACUAUGUAACUCUUGCUGAAACUAUUUUUCCAAUUCUGGGAAUGGAGUAAACAUUUCGAUUAACAAUCAUACAAAGCAUCAUCACCAUAGACUAAUUUAACACGAAUUAUGGAUACAAAUUUUGCCUGUCAUAUCCAUACCGAAUGACAGGGGACUGCAUCCUACCUUUCCUAAUCAUGCCCAAGGCAUUAGAACAGGUAAAUAAUAGAAAGCAAAUGCUACUCAUUCACAGAAAUUUUAGUUCGGUAUUAUUUUUCUGAUAAAACAUACGAUACAGCCGAUAAAUGCACUCUUGAUAGUAACAACCACAAAUAUACUAUAUAUAUGUAUUGGGUCGGUGAAGAUGUUUCCUCGCUAUUUUUAAAGAAAUUUAAAGGUAGAUUUCAUGCAGGUCUCAGAUAUAAACCUUAGCGUCUGGAUAAUGUAGUAUCAGAUAUUCUACUUAACAAUUAUCUUGCCUCCAUUAUCUUUCAAGUAGUUUCAUAAUAUCCUUCUUGAGAAUAUUUGCACUUAAAGUAUAAAUCACUUUUUCUUAUAAAGAGAUUUCAUUCCUUUAUCGAUGUUUAUAAAGAUAUGAAUCCGCAUAAACAUCCGCAGCUCACAUAUAAUAAUGAUGCAAAUAGUGUAGUGUGCGAAGAAAUUUGAAAAAACCUUUUGGGCAAUCAAAUUCCUCGUCAAUUCGAUUACCACAAUUUUCUUGAUCAAACGAAUAAUCAUUCUGUGAAUCUGUACAAAUGUGUAGUCAAAGAGGCAGCAAAAUAAAUGAUCUACGGUAGCUUACACGAUUAAUGAAAUAUCCUCUGGUCUGAUAGUUCCACAUGACGAUUUUUAUCCUCGAAAUUCCUGAAGGUUAAACAGCCGAAAGAAUGUAACGGCUGGCGAACGUGCACGCUUAGUGGGGCAGUCAGUAUACAAGACUAUAGUCUCGGGGUAUUAAUAGUCCGCGGAGCGUGGACCGAGUACCGUUAAGGCCGAAUACGAUACACGUCGGUAUCUUACUAACGGGGAAUACCUUGUAAGACCGAAACGCGUAGAGACGAAGGAUCAUCGACAAGCUAGUUCAAACAACGUGUUGUUUGUAUUUCGUUGAUCCUGGCUUCUAUUCGAAUAAAGCUUCUCCUCUGUUGUAGCCAACUUGUUGGAUCUAUGAAAUGUUGGCACGAACCGUCUGUUUGCUUAAGUUAAGAUUUUAAUUAAGCUACAAUAACGAUUAAAUCGAAUGAAGUUUCAUAGUUUUGAGACACUGAUAAAUACGCGAUCGAGACGAAAAGAUGGUACUUUUAUGCAUUUUAUGCCACGCGAAUGAAUAUUCGGACACGAAACAAUCGAAACCAAAUGACGUCAAUUCGACGAUAGAAUCUAACGAACCUCCAGAAGGAUAUUACGCCUUCGUGAAGUCACCGAACGCAGAACCGCCUAAAGUGAGGCCGCCACCUUAUAUAGAUAGCGACAAAGAAUGCUAUGACACCGGUAAACAGGGAAAGGGUUACGUUUCCAUACACAAUAUUUGCGGGGAUCUUAACAAGGGUUAUAUCCCGCGAAAUCCUAUGAAUCAAUAUUUCAAUGGCUCGUCGUAUCCUUUCGCGCUGUUGAAAAAUCACACGUUGAAAUUUUUGAGCAAAGCGUUGCCUAUACUCAAGGCUGACGAUUCGUUGCCGAAGGUCGCCACAGUGCAAUCCUACUUCCAGAAUUCUGUCGACACCGACGAGAAAGGAAGUAGAAGCAAGCGAUCGUCCGAUUCAGAAAGCGCCUUGGAUACUCUCAGAAACGGUCGUAAAUUUUGCGAAAAUGGUGGAGGAGUAGUCUGCAUGCUGUACAAGGCUAUACAAGGUGAACCAUUGGCUACCUCAGCAGCUGAACGCCGUGAUGAGCCCUCCACCCCUGAGUACCGUCAACGAACACCGCCACAAGAGAAGCCAGAAUACACCGGUCCACCCACUCCUUGUCCAGCUAAAGUGGAGUACGCUACACCAGUGUUCGCCAAGAACUAUCAAGGAGUUUGGCGCUACGUGGUGCAAAUCCCUUACGAGGGUUACUUCACUCAGACUAUCGAAGUAACCCGAUGCAUGCAAUCAAGAUGUCAUUACUUGGAUGGUGGUUGUCUGUCAUCUCCAAGAUGGACUAGUUUGCUAGUAGCAGAGAUUUUCUAUCCUGACACGUUUUUGGAAGAAAAUCAAAAUUCUAGAAUCAACGGCCUGAGGGAUACUGCCGGUUCACCGCCACCUGUUCACGAUUUCCAGAAUUAUCAACAAUAUUUACAGAAACGUGCCGGGGAGAAUGAAGCUCGUAACAGCGGUUCAUCCCAGCAUCAUUGCGACGGUGUCGACGAAAUGGGUUGUUUCCAGGUAAGAUUGUACUACGAUUGGUUCCUGGUGCCAGGAAGCUGCAAGUGUUGGCGUCCCGAUUACUUCAACCGCUACGUCCGUCGAAGCGGGUCUAACGUCGAAUUGUGAUGGCAAUAUCGCGUGUCAAAUCACGUAAAUGAGCAAGAGGACGCGCUUGCGUGAUAUGACUGAUACGAUUAAAUCGAUAAGCUUGUCAGAUUCAGUGAAAUAGUCUGUUUUGAUCGAUCGAUGAUUUGUUUGAUAAUUGAAUAGGAAAGAUGUUAGAAUCGAACGUACACUUUUUAGACAAUACCUACGUAGAAGAUCGCAUUUCAGCAACCAUCGAAUGAGGAGAAUUAAAGUGGAUCUACUGAGUGCGAUCGAUAAUCUAGCUUUAAUAUAAUACUUUGUUGUAUUAAAUUCGCAGCAUUGUGCACCUUAAAGACUGAAGAGAAGUACCAUUGUCGUGAACGCAGUAGAACGCGCUAACGAAGUUGCAUCAACGCGCGUUGUUACUAAGUACAUAUUUCUUUUUUUAAAUAAUCCACGUUUCGCACUGUAUGAAAGUAUGAUUUGCAUUUUUCAUUUACCAAGAUACGUUGUUAAAUUAACGUAGUAGAAUAGCUAUAGAAUUCUUUCCUGUUUUCUUUUUAUACUUAUCACUGUCCUUCAUUAAUAUCUCAAUGGUAUUAAAAUGAAAUUCAUAUAAGAAUAAUUAGAACCCUCAUUUAUAGUUAUAUAAACAUUAAAUUUUUUAUUUAAAAAAUACGUAAUCGACAUUAGGAUAUUUUUUACAGAAAUCCGGAACUAUAUUUAUUCGGCUAUUGAGAUAUUUUAUUUUACAAAUAAUGAAACAUUGUUAUAUUUCCGUUCUUUAUCUAUUCGAAAAUUAUAUGUUAUAUAUAGUUCCGAGGGCUGAGUAAAUUCCACGUUCGUUGUCAAAGACACGAGCCAACUUCUAAACUACCCACUGAAACCAGUCGUUCUACUUUUUAAAUGUUGACGUAGAAACGACUACAUUUAAGUCAACGUAAAAUCAUACGUUUCAUUCUAUAACUACUUAUUACGUAAUUUACAUAAUAUGUCCAUAUUUCAAUGUUGCAACAUUCUUUGAACGCGGAUGCGACGUUCACCUAUUUAAAUAAAUAAACAAUUCUAAUAUAUAUUGUUAAAACUGCGUGAUAAGAGAUUCCUUUAAAAAUGUCGUAUCUCUGUUGUUCUCCUAACCUAUCUCAUCUGCCGAUAAAAAUCAGUGACAGACAUUAUGAGAAAUACAGAUAAUUAAACAAGCGUUUCCUUUCUAAUUCUGCACGCUAAUAGAAGUUCCAUGCUCUAUUUUAGAUCGUUGAUAAUCGAAUUUACACGCGAACUCAUUCGAACUCUGUUGGUUAGGUAAUGCAAAAGCCGAAAGUACCUACUUUCUAAAUUUAUAAAAUAGUUCAUUUCUGUGUAGGUCAUGGCUCGACUUUACUGUAUGCUUCUCUUUUCCUCUUUUCCUUCAUUCCUCUCUUCAUACGUAUUUCACGCAACAACGCUUGUCAAUUGAACACAUAAUUCCUGCAUUAUGCAUUUUAACCGCAACGAGUGUAGGAUACGACCAAAAACACAAGGAAGUUCGGACAACAUCGUUUACAAGUCCCUCUCGAGAUUCGUAGGCAACCGUGGCCAUUUACAAUACUACACACUACCGUGUGUAUAGUGUAUAAGUAUUGCCAGGUUGGAUCAAUACUCCGGUCGCUGAAAGACGAGGUGAGAGGUAGUGGAAACGACGAUACUCGGAGAGAGAGAGACUACCGCAUGGUGUCUGUUGAGCAUGGUUAUCGAGCGAUUCCACUUGUUAUGGGGCCGUUGAGUUAAAAACAUUGGGGAAAAUUCGUAUUGAGUUUGCACUGUGUACAAACAAUAAUGAGCAAUUAAUUUGUUUAAGCAAAUUGGUCGAAAAAGUGCUUUAAAAACCGAUUCAUUAACCCACCAGAUAAAUUUUCUCUCACUUUUUCACUACAUUUCUGCGAUGGUAACAAAACCGGCCGAUCUAUUUGCUUCAUUAAAUACGUCAUAAAUUAAAGUUAAGAGUUGGAAUCGGUAUACCUUAAAAGAUUUGUCGGUUCGAUGAUCGAUCUACAUUUUUGCUUAAUCGAUAUAUAAACUUAACCCUCGCAUACUAGUCGUUAUCGUAGCCAACCGGCGAAUGUUUAGUUGAGUCACGUUGCAUCGUACCCAACAAAACAUAUUUCCCCACUUAAACAAUAGCUUGUAAUGUAACUCCACGUUUAAUCCAGAUAGUUGCAUCACAAUGUUUUUCAUUUGACAGAGAUUACAUUCCUAAAUUAACUUUCCAUCGUAGUUGGUAAGAAUUCACGAGAAUUUGUAAUCAAGUGAAAUAAAGUCAAAGAAAUUAGAACUUGCCGUAAGGAUUUAAGAAAAAAAAAACUAUUUUACAUUCUAAAUAAUAUGCUUAUCAUGUAUUAUAAUUACUCACAGAUAGAGAUUUAUAUUCAAUCUAAUCUAUAGUUUUUAUUUAUAUAUCUACUAUGUAUGAUUUAUCGAUGCCAUUAUAUUUUAUCGAGGAGACAUACAGGUCUUUAACAUUUUAAUACUUCGAUAGUGUACUUUAAUUGUGCAAUUUUCAUUACAAGUAGUAAAGAUCAUAAACCUGUAUAUAGAUGAUUAUAAUUACAAUGGUAUAAUGGAUAUAAAUGGAUGUACAUAAUUAUACUCAUAUUUGAAUAAAAACUAAAGUUAAUUUUGCCAAAAACACCUACAUGUUUUUGAUAAUUAUAAAAAUAAAUUCGUACUUCGUCAUUUUGACUAGUGGGUAUGAUAGUUGUACUUAAGAUUUAAUGGUUUUCGGUCAUGUUAUUAAGGCGACAAAGGUAGAGGAUGUAUUGGAAAAUUGAUACCAAAAUUCAAUUGACCAUCUGAUCGCUCGAUCCGAAACAGUCACCACGCGGAUGUUUCAAAGAUCGAUAAAAACACCUACUCUGCGUCAAAUAAGUACAUUCUCCCACGUGAUUCAGUGCAGCGCGCAUAUAUAUCGCGAUAUACAUAUGUAAUAUAUAAACAUACAUACAUACGUACAUGUAUAUAGA